CGUCUGCCAGAAGUCUAAAACGUAGCUAUAAAUGUCGAAAUCUCGUUAGACGCACACCAUUCCACGUAUUAAUGUAACCAAAGACAAAAAACGCCGUCUUCCAAAGACCACUCUGCCCCCGUGCAGAACAAGGCCUGGCUCCAGGCAAAGCAAAUCACCACAGGAAGCUGCUCAGCCAGGCCCGUCAUUUCUCUUACUGUCUCGCACAACAGGCCACUAACACGCCGAGACGAGUCCAGCCGAGCGCUUUGGUGCAGCCACAAACUCCCGAAGCCUUGACAGCUUGAUGCAGGACAUGGCCAUGCAUUUCCACUACACCUGUGGAUUUGCAGUAUUGGUACAGCUUUACCUGCUGCAUAAUGCCGAAGCAGGGGCAUACUACGGGCACCAGCAGCUGGCCCAGCAAAACCAACCACUGCCGCAGUUACCUCACAUGCCGCGGGGCAAGGAAGGGAUCCCCCAGCAGCAAUACUUAGGGAAAGAGUUGCCUCAUCUGCCAUAUGGAAACGAUAUGCCCAUACUCCCAUACUAUGGAAAUGAACAACCGCAGAUUCCCUAUCCUUUGGCAAACCCCAAUCUAGGCAAAGGUGAAAACAUUCUCCGAGGUCAGAAAGGUCCCUCAGCUGAAAACAUUCUCCGAGGUCAAAAAGGUCCCUCAGGUGAAAAUAUUCCCAGAGUCCAGAAAGGUCCUGCAGGUGAGGUUGGCCCUAUGGGACCUCGAGGACCCCCAGGGCCCUCUGGACCACCAGGCCAGGGGAUUCAAGGAGUUCCUGGAAAACCAGGUCUACCAGGCCCUCAGGGAUACCCUGGGAUUGGAAAACCCGGCAUGCCAGGACUGCCAGGAAAACCUGGAGGGAUUGGAAUGCCAGGACCAAAGGGUGACAUGGGUCAUGGUGGUGAGGUUGGACCAGUAGGCUUGCCAGGACCCCCUGGUCUUCCAGGCCCAUCUGGGUUACCGGGUCUGUCAAAACCAGGUGGACAGGGAUUACCUGGACAGCCUGGGUUUCGCGGUGAACCUGGACAAAAGGGCGCUCCAGGGCUUCCUGGGCUUCCAGGACCUAAAGGUGACUUUGGACUUGGUCUUCCAGGAUUGCCAGGAGUAAAAGGACCACCUGGGCCUCCAGGGAUACAAGGACAAGGAGGAUUACCGGGAGUUGGAAAGCCAGGUUUAAACGGACUACCUGGGGCCCCUGGAGGUCCUGGUAAACCUGGUGUCCCUGGAGAGCAAGGGUUAGCAGGGCCUCCUGGUGAAGAGGGACAGCCAGGGCCUCCAGGCCUUCCAGGUAUUGGCAAGCCUGGUUUGGAUGGUUUUCCAGGACCAUCUGGUCUUCCAGGUGGAAAGGGAGAACCAGGUCCUCCUGGAUUCCCAGGCGGUCCAGGUUUACCUGGAGUUGGUAAACCUGGAUACCCUGGACAAAAAGGUGACAAAGGAUAUGGUGGCUUACCUGGGGCUCCAGGUCAAAAGGGUGAGAAAGGUCAUGGUGGAUUUCCUGGAAUAAUUGGCCCAACUGGACCAGGUGGUCUUCCUGGUCCACCUGGUCACAUGGGGCCGCCAGGUGGCAUUGGCUUUCCUGGACAAAAAGGAGAGGGUGGUGAGGUUGGGCCAAAAGGACAAGCGGGUCUUACAGGUGAACCAGGUCCUCAAGGACUUCCAGGAAAACCAGGGCUCCCAGGAGAAGGUGGACAACCAGGACCCAGAGGCUUACCUGGACCUUUAGGCCCUCAGGGUGAAAAUGGACACAAAGGCUUACCUGGUCUUCCUGGAGUUAAUGGCAAGCCUGGACCAAAAGGGGAGGUUGGUCUACCAGGGGACAAAGGUGGACAAGGCCCGAUAGGAAUCCCAGGAUUUAUGGGGCCAAGUGGACCAAUUGGACCGCCUGGACUUCCCGGACCAAAGGGCGAAUAUGGACCACCAGGGAAGCCUGGACCACCAGGUGAAGGAAAGUCUGGUAUUCCAGGCCCAAUGGGUCCACCAGGAAAACCAGGUCCUGGUGGACUUCCUGGUAAACCUGGAAUACCCGGCUUUCCCGGACCACCUGGUCCACCUGGGCCUCCAUCUGGCAAUGGCGCUGUUCUUCCUGAAGUGGGUCCAGGACUUGAUGGGGCCAUGCAAGGCGCUUAUAAGAAACACAAGCCUGGAGAAUUCAUUGGCAGGAAUAUUCUUGAGAUGCCUGCCUUUACUGCUCAGCUAACGGCACCCUUCCCACCCGUUGGCACGCCUGUAGUCUUUAACAAGAUCUUGUACAAUGGCAACCAGAAUUAUAACCCUCAAACCGGCAUUUUCUCCUGCAGCAUACCAGGAAUUUACUACUUCGCAUACCACGUCCACUGUAAAGGGGGCAACAUUUGGGUUGCUCUGCAAAAGAACAAUGAACCGGUCAUGUACACAUACGAUGAGUGCAAAAAAGGUUAUCUGGAUCAAGCGUCAGGAAGCGCGGUACUGCCUCUACAGUCCGGAGACUCUGUCCACAUCCAGUUACCUUCAGAUCAAGCGCCCGGGCUUUACGCUGGUCAAUAUGUCCAUUCGUCCUUUUCUGGAUAUUUAUUAUACCCGAUGUAAUGUGCUCACUUUUAUCCCGCAGAGGUCGGCGAGACAAAAAAUGCACACAGAGCAAAACAGAGUUUCCAAUCAAAAGGUUCAGUCAUCUCGAUUUCAUCAGUGUUCUUCACUUGUGAAGUGAACAAGCGGAGUGGAGCGGGAAGUUCCAAAGAAAAGUUCCAAAGAAAAACUGAACGUAUAUUUAGGUGAGGGGCUUCGUUCGGAGAUGUUCCUCGCCAUGCAGUCUUAUAUCGGCUACAUUUACAUAUCAGCGCAAUAGAAUACUCGAAUCGCAAGCCCACACUUCUCCACAUAUUACCUGCCACAGUAUUUAGAUCAUAAAGGGAGAACAUAGGCUAAUUAUCGCAUACAUACCUAGCAUAUUUCAGUUCUUUUCCAUAUGCACUCUUUACAAUAAUCAAUACAUUAGCUCAUUGUAAUCUCAUUCUUUUUUUUUUUUUUUAUGGUGCAACACAUUUGUUAUGGUAUAUUUUGCUUUCCCAGUUACUCAAACGAGUCCAAAUCAAGAAACAAGGUCAAUUUUGUUUACCGAUUCAACCCGAGGGGGAAACUUGUGAAAGGUGUAUAUGUGUACAUGUAUAUAUUUCCUUUUUUCUUUUUUCUUUUUCUUUUUUGAAAAACAGGAUCAACGUAGUAUCAUUCCAUCACUCAGUCAUAUGUUACAUCUUGGCAGAGUAGGAUGCUGAAAAGAUUUCUGUCUUGGGG